UUGUAGACCUAUACAUCCUAACACAGAAUGUGCUUAUAGCCUUGUUAAUUCAUGACAUUUCCUCCUCUUUAACCGCCGUGUUGUGUAGCUCCUGGCCGUGGCCAUGCAGCAGGAGCUUCUGUUUAAAGUGCUGGUGAUUGGGGACCUCGGAGUGGGUAAGACGUCCAUCAUAAAGCGCUACGUGCACCAGAUCUUCUCCCAACACUACCGCGCCACCAUCGGAGUCGACUUCGCUCUCAAAGUGAUUCACUGGGACAACAACACGGUGGUCCGACUGCAGCUCUGGGAUAUAGCAGGACAGGAGCGCUAUGGGAACAUGACCAGAGUUUACUACAGAGAGGCCGUGGGGGCACUGGUUGUGUUUGAUGUUACACGAGCUUCUACCUUUGAGGCUGUGCUCAAGUGGAAGGACGACCUGGACUCCAAAGUGACUCUGAACCACGGCAGACCAGUCCCAGCGGUGCUCCUGGCCAAUAAAUCGGAUCAGCUCGCGUCUCACAGCCCCAAACUGGACACCUUCUGCAGAGAGAAUGGAUUUGUGGCUUGGUUUGAGACUUCAGCAAAGGAAAAUACAAAUAUUGAGGAGGCUGCUAAUUGUCUGGUAGGGCACAUCUUAAGUAAUGAGGAUAACCCUGCUUUGGAGAGAGAACCCACGUCUCUGAUCCUGUCUGGGUACAGCCAUAGCCACCGGGACCACUUCAACCUCAACUGCCCCUCUUGCCCCAAGUGGUGAUUCCUUCUGCUCUCCUGCCCCAAGCGGUGACCCCUUCUGCUCUCCUGCCCCAAGUGGUGACCCUUUCUGCUCUCCUGCCUCAAGUAGUGACCAAUCAUGUGACUUGUAGCGUCACAUGACCAGGACAAGAGGAGCUGCUUGUCUGUGGAAAUGAAGGGCAGUAUAAAGCUGAAACAACCUGUGUCAAGACAGCACUUUGUUCAUGGAUGAGGCUUUUAAUUGAGCUUUUACAUUUUUUUUUCUUAGUUCAUGUUGUGUCAUUCCAGUGUACAUGCAGUAUGUUUAAAAAAUAUUUUGGUGGCAAAUUGUAGAUUGCAAAUCACUGGUUUAGUAUUCAAAUAAAGCACAUUUUAUAAUGGUGCACUAUGUAGCUCUUCUGAUGUUAUUAGUAUAUUAACCUUAAAAAUAUGUCCAUAGAGAAAAGCUUGUGAUGCCAUCAGGCGCAACAGUAAAAAACAUACAUGUUAAAACAUGUUACUCAUGUUACACCAUAGAGAUCAACGCAAUGAUCUCACAACUCUGAAAAUGUAUGGCUUCAGUGUUGCCAUGUGGCUCAGUGGUAUGGCUGACGAACAUAUGCACAUAUGCAUGGCUGUCCCUGUUCUGACAGUAUAUGGUAUGGAAAUUUGUCCUUUGCCUUUGACCCAUCCUUCAGUGUCUCUGGGACAAUCUGUCAAGAGCAGUGCAGCAUCAGGAACCCAGCAGAUUUUGAAUUAUAGAUGGAUGACUAAAAUGAUGGGUUUGUGUGGUGUGCAUGUUUUAAGCAAAUAAGGAUGUCAGGAUUAUUCAGUUGACAGUAAUUGUGAUUAUUCAUGUCAUCAUAUGAACUACAAUAUCACUUGUGACAAAUUUAGAAGCAAAAAUUAAUUCCAGUUUAAUCAACAAUCCAAAAAAAUAUUCCCAAAUGUAUUUUUCUUUGUUUAUCUGGCUGUUUAUCUCUUUUAUGAUUUGAUAAUAGCUGGUCACACACUUGACAAUCGGGAAUGUAUUAGACAAUGGGAAUCAACGAAAAUGAAGGAUUUCACUCUUGUUUGGUGUUAGUGUCAAUAGUUUUGACUAACUGUAAAAUUCUGAUGUUUUUUUCUAACAAUU